AUGUCAAAAGUUUUAGUUACUGGGGCAACAGGUUUUGUAGCCCUACACAUUAUUGGUCAAUUGAUUGAAAAAUCGUAUUCAGUUAUUGGAACUGUUAGAUCUCAAGCCAAAGCUGAAAAGUUGAUUAAGCAAUUCAAAGAGAAAUAUGGUGCUGAUGUCAAGUUAGAACUUGUUAUUGUUGAGGAUAUUGCAGGUACUGGUGCAUUUGACACUUUAUUCAAGUCUCAUAAAGAUAUUGGCUCAGUUUUACACACUGCUUCUCCAUUCUCUGAUGCUCAAACUGAUGAUUUCGAGAAAGGUUAUAAAAGACCAGCUGUUGAAGGUACUCUCAAUGUUUUAGGUUCAAUUAAAGAAUUUGCUCCUCAAGUUAAGAAGGUUGUCAUUACAUCUUCAAUGGCUGCUAUUAUUCAUUCGGAUAAACUUUUUGAUUUAACAUUUAUCCAUACAGAGGAGACUUGGAACCCAUUGGAAUGGAAGGACUCUCAAAUCAAUUGGCAAAUGGCUUACAUUGCUUCCAAAAAAUUGGCUGAAAAAGCUGCGUGGGAUUUUAUCAAGGAAAACAAGGUUAAUUUCACUUUGACAACUGUUAAUCCACCACUCAUCUUUGGUCCACAAUUCUUCGAUAUUGAAGAUCCAAAAGGAACUUUAAACACUUCUGCCGAAGUUAUCCAAGGAAUGUUGGCUACUGAUCCAAACGAUACCCAUUUAUUUGAUAAUCUAACCAAUGUUUCAACAGACGUUAGAGAUAUUGCUGCAUUCCAUAUUAUUCCAUUAGAAAAAAAUGGAGUUGAAGGUCAUAGGUUACUUCCAAUCGCUGGAAGAUUCUCAGCACAAAAGAUCUUGGACUUGAUUAACGAACAAUUUCCUGAACUAAGAGGUAAAAUUGCUAAAGGUGACACAGCUAAUGAAGCAUCUCUUCAAGCCGUCGGUUAUAAUAUUGAUAAAACUGUUGAAUUGGUUGGAGGUUAUGACUUCAUUCCUCUCAAAAAACAAGUUUAUGAUUCUGUUAAACAGAUCUUAGAUGCUUCAAAGAAACAAUGA